ACUUUCGAUAAGUUAUUCAAAGAUCCGCAUAUAUGUGGCAGUAGCAUAUUAGACUACGUAUUGUUACCUAGAAGAUAUUUAUUUCAUUGCAUUCUACGUGCAACUGCUGUAUGAAGGCCUACCUAGGCCUAGCAUAGCCUAGCUUCCCCAGCAGGCUACAGUAGCUAGGCCUAGUAGUAUACUAGUAGAUAGCAGCCCACCACCAGUUCUUCUUUUUCUAUGCCUAGUUAGGCUAGACCUAGGCACUGUAGAGGGCAGGAAAGUCUUAUAGUGCUAGUAGUAGGCGUUGUCCUGCCGUUGUGAUACUGUAGACUGCACAGCACUGAACAACAAGCAGUAACUAAAAGGCGUAGACAUAUUGUUGACCCUUUUUCAAUCUAUAAACAUGAUCUCUUCUAAAGUUAUAAACAAUUUUUAUCACAUUUUAAAGAAUGCCAAAAUUCCAUAUCGUCAGUUUAUGGAAAGUAAACAAUGUUUGUCAAGUAAUGCAAGCAGAGAUUCUGAUGCAGCACUAGGUCUAGAAAAAAAGCCAAAGCUAAUGUGCUCCAAUGAAGUCGGUGCGAUUGGCACAAGAAGCGAACUUGGUUUUGAUGAGUUGGAACACUGUUCAGAUGAAAGCAAUUCAUGCACUUCUUCCGGUCAUAACAUUGAUUCACAGUACUUUGGAGGUAUUUUGAAUGAUGCAGAGCUAGAAGGAAGUAAUCAGCCACAUAGGCCUAUUCAAUCUACACAGGCACAUGAAUAUGAAAGGAAUUCACCUUGUGAUCCAAAAGAUCUUAGUAAAAUUCAUAGACAGUACUUUUCAUCGACAACUAAAGUGAACAAUUCUCAAGUACAAAAAGAAUAUUUUGGUAACACUAACUGGAUAUAUGAUUCUAUAGAAGAAAUAGAAAGUGAUGCUGAAUUAUCAAAAAUCAAACAAAAUAGUAUCAAACACAAAAUGAUCAAAAUUGAUAAAAGAGAAGACUACUUGCCUAAACAGUUCGAACCUCAUGAAUUUCCAUCUCCACUACAUGAAUCUCGGGAACAUUCUGCAAAAGCAAUGACAGAUUCAUUAGUAAACCUGCGUUCAAAGUUUGAGCAUGUUCAUAACAUUAAUAAGAUGAUAAAUAAAAGAGAUAUUAUUAGAGGAAGGAAAGCAGAAACUCUUCCAAAAUUGCACAACCUUCCUGCCAAUGUUCAAUUGGAAGAGCUUGAACCAAUCAUUGCUGAAACGGUGAAAUUGAUCACAAAACCAAAAAAGAAAAUAAACAAAAAAAAGUUGAACUACUUGAAAUUAUAUGGCACAUCCGAUCCGGAGGCGCCUUUAACGACAAUCCCAUGCUGUGGGUGCGGAGCACUACUACACUGCCAAGAUCCAACUGUUGGUGGCUACCUGGCAAGUGAAAAGUUUAUGAAACUCACUGAAGCAGAGCUUGUGAAAACUCCAUGUCAGCGGUGCACAUUAAUUAUCAAUUACAAUCAUGCCAUUAAUGUCAGUGUAACUGAGGAGGAUUUUCAGAAGAUGUUUCGUAAAAUUCAAGAAAAAUAUGCAUUGAUAUUAGUGAUGGUAGAUCUGCUAGACUUUCCAAUAAGUUUGAUACCCAAUAUGAAAUCUAUGAUCGGUAGGAAUAAAAAGGUAGUAAUCAUUGGUAACAAAGUGGACUUAUUACCAGCAGAUUCGCAUGACUGUCACAAGAGGGUCAUUAAACAACUAAAAAGUACAUGUAUCUCAAACAUGGUUUGCGAGCCAGACCAGAUACUAGAUGUUCUUUUGUUAAGUUCUAAACUGGGCUAUGGUGUUGAAGACUUGAUUACCAAAGUACAGUCUAUGUGGGCUACAAGGGGAGACGUUUAUCUCAUAGGUACAGCAAAUUCUGGAAAAUCAACACUUUUCAAUCGUCUGCUCAAUUCUGACUUCUGCAAGACCAAAGCCAAGUGGUUGUAUAAGAAGGCGACUGUAAGUAAAUGGCCAGGAACCACAUUAAAUUUGCUGAAAUUUCCAAUCUUGAAACCAAACAUCGAACGGAUCAGCAAACGUGAGGCACGAUUACAGGAAGAAAGAGAAAGCAAUGAAUGGGGAAGCAGUAUUAAACGUGAUAAACAAUUUAAUGCCCUUGGUUACUUUCAAGGUCAUGUUGGAAGAAGCUUUGAAUGGGAAUUAUAUGAUGAUCACAGACAGGCUUUCAAUUUGGUUUCUGGCAAUAAAAGACGAUUGCCUAUUAUGCCAUUUAAAUUUGAUCCCCAUGAGUUCAGCGAGGGCAAAUGGUUGUUUGAUACACCAGGCAUUAUAAGGCAAGAACAGGUAUUAUCCAAGUUGACAUCUGAAGAACUGAAACUUACUGUACCCAGCCAGGCUCUCCGACCCAAGACAUUAGUCAUCCGGCCAGGACAAACUGUCUUUCUUGGUGGACUUGGACGUUUGGACUAUCUAGAUGGCAUACAGACAAUAUUUUGCACAAUGUUUGCAGCUCACAUGCUACCAAUCAGAGUGGUAAAUACAGAAAAUGCAGAUGAAUUUUACCUCAAGAAUGUUGGCUAUCCACACUUAAAGGUACCUGCGGGAGGUGCAGAACGUUUAAAGACUCUAGCACUGCUUACUGCUUGUGAUGACAUCACCGUAGAAGGCAUUGAUCAGAAAGAGAGUGCAGCAGACAUCUUGUUUGCCUCUGCAGGUUGGUCAGCUAUUACACCAAAUAAGGGUUUGAAGGCUGUGCUUAGACCCCAUACUAUAGGAGGGGUAGGGUGUGUUGUUCGCACCCCAGCAAUGCUACCGUACAUUGUAAACCUGAGAGGUUCUAGACUAGGAAGGAAUCAACCAUUCUAUCGGGUGAACGUGGAGAAACUCGUACAGUACCAGUGAAUAAACUUCACAGGGUGUUGAUCUUCUACUUUAAAGAGGAAUAUCUACGCUGCUUAAACUGAGAAUAAAAAUCCUUGUCAGAAUCUCAAUACAUGUGGUUCCAGCAGCAUGUCUAAUUCUUCAUGAUCCCAAACUAUAAUGACUUCCUCUUCAGGUUAACAACCAUCUACCUUGGCAUUGGAGUCUCGAUUAGUAAGUAUAUACGUACUGAAAUGCACGCCAACGUGUUUCUAUACUUGGAGUAUGUAUUACACUUUCUUAUCUGAGAUUAAUCAGUGGACCUUUGUAUGUAUUAUACUUUCUUGUCUGAGAUUAAUCAGUGGAUAACUUAAGAUAUUUUGUAUUUUAUCCUAGUAUGUAAGUGUACUGCACUUUCAUAUAUUUUUACUCGAUCAUAGUGCAAUUUUUAUGCAAUGUUUAUCUGUUUUUAUAUUUAUAAUAUUUUAAAUAUCAUUUUACGCAUAGGCUAACUUAUUUAUAUCGUACCCAUAGUAUAGUAUUUUAGUAUGUCACUGGUUUUUUUUUUGUGAACCUUGGAAAACAAAUUUCAUUUGAACUUGAACUUGAGGUCUCAAUUAUUCAUUGCAGUUGCCUUCACAUCCUUCCUUAGGCCUACAGUACUUGUUUGUACACUUCUUCAAUUGAUUCAUCAUUAUCCUCUCUGGUGGGUUAUGCACACUUAAACAAUUUUUUUCAUUUUGCUGUUUGAAUGUCUUAUUUAAUAAUUUAAAAAAAAAAGCAAAGCCUGCAAUGAUCACAUAGCAUACUACUAGAUGUGUUUUGGGAAUUAAAUUCCUAUCAUACUUAAACAACAUAAUUUUUUAGUUGUCUUCUAUUUCUCUUGGUUGUAUAGCGAAGCUCCCAUUUUGAUUUCUACCACUCAUUUUCUUUUUCCCCUUUUUCACAGCUAUCCCAUUUGAGGGUUUUUUUUUUAGUUCAUCUAGAAAUCCCCCACCCAGAGAUUCUCUGUUGAGAAUGUUCUGGUGUUUCUGCUUUAACUGUAUGACAUCUUUACAUUGAAGCCUGAAUAAUUUCUAGCCAUUUUAAAAUUAUCAGGCCUUUGUUAAAUGCGCCCCCAUUUGAACAUUGUCUUUUACCCUUAUUUGUCAUUCGUUGACAUGCUACACCAACAGAUUUGUUGUUGGUAGAGGUUUAUGAUAGGCUUACCUUGCACUUGGUCUGAUGUUGGAAGAGACCUAACAAGCAUUACCACUCCCGACAACUGAUUAUUUCCUAUUUGCCCAUCUGUUCAUUUUCACAAAUGUAGGCUAUAUCAAGGUAGUUUGUUUAACACAUGCAUUUAUUUUGUUUUGGUAAUUUCUGUAGAUGUGAAUGUUGAGUAAAGUUAGGUGAUUUUAAGAGUAUAUGCAGGCAAAAGGAGUAGAAAUGAACAUAGAAUAGACUAAAGUAAACAGGGUAUGUGAAAGAAAUUAGCAAAGCAGGUUGCAUUACAUCGCAAAAAAAACCUCUUAUAUUUUCUAUCUUAUACCAUUUAAUAAUUGAUUGUUUUAUUCACUAAAGUAUUCUUAAAAAUGAAUGAGUUUAAGUGAAAAGUGCUGAAAUACCAUUUUAUGUGUUUCUCUUCAUCAGAAUCAUGCUAUACUUUUGAUGUACAUUUUCUAUUUCCAGUAAAUAGAAACCUAUAAAUUAAAUAAUGUUGCAAUUUAAAGCCCUGAUCUCUACAAGCAAAAUUCGCAUCCCAUUUUAAGUAUUGAUUUAUCCACCUGUCCCUAUUGUUAGAGGGCGACACUAGUCUGUCUGUCAGUAUCCCUUUAAUAUCAUCUAAUUGAAACAGGUUUAACACUUUUCUAUUUUUAUAGUAACUUCUGUACUGCUGAUGUAUUCAAGGCUCAAGUAGUCAAUAAAUUACUGUAUACAAGACUCUCACACUUGUAAAUUUACAUUUAUAUUUUCAAUGUAAAUGACACCACAAGUUAACAAUAUAAUUUCUAUACAGAAGACCACUGAGUUCCUGAGGAUUUGAUUAAGGAUUACUGUCAUAUGAAUAGACAAAUGUUUUAUAUUUCCUGAAUCAUUUUCCUGAAAGCUAUGAAGCUAGUAGUAUUUACUUAUCAAAAGUUUGGCAUUCCACAAAAAUAAUGUGAUAGGUGGUUUGUAUUGCUGGUGUUGUAUGAUAUUGAUCUUGAUCUGUACAUAUGUUGUUAUUUUUUUAUAUUAUAUUAUUUCAACAAUUUUUAGACCAUGUAUGAUUGACUUUGAUUUAAAUGCUUCAUUCAAUAUAUCACAACAAUUUACAAUAAAAUUUAAUAUUAACUAAUUGCUUAUUAUUUUCAUGUUUUUUCAUGUAAUAAUAGGCUUCUGGCCCUUUUACAAACUGAGACAACUCAGUGCAUCAAAAAAGUUACCUCAUACAAAUUUAGAUAGAGUAAAGUAAAAUUAGUGCUUAACAUGAGUGAGCGAAAUUUCUUAAUAGACAGAUUAAUAAUGUAAAAAUGUGAGCUGUACAUUUUUCUGAGGUCUAAGUAUAAUGUACUGUGCUGUCGUUUCCAAAUCAUAUGUGGGUCACACUUCUUUAGUUUCCAUAGACUUGACUAGCAUUUUCCAAGGGCUUGACCAGCUAACUCCCAUUGACCAAGGAAACUCUCAGAUCAUACUGGCAUUGUCCAAAGUACCACGGAGACUAGUUGUCUAGCAUUUCCCAGUGGAACUCACAUACCAUACUGGCAUUGCCCAAUGGACCUUAAAAACUGUUGACUAGCUUCUCCAAGUGAAACCUGCUGAAAACAUUCUCAAUAGAACACGUAGACACUGACUGCGACAAAAAUUUAUGACUAUUCUUGCAUAGUCCAAUGCAGUGGCGUAGAAAAAUAUUUUUCAUUGAGGGGGAUGAUUGGUGUGUCAUAACAGGCGUGGGGGUGGGGGGAACUGCCCCUCCCCUGACGGU